CCCUUAGUAACAGCUUUAACAUUCUGCCUCAAUUCCUCUUCCAUCUAAAUCACACUCACACUCACACACAGAGAGAUUGCUUAUUAUUAAUAUUAGUAGUAUUAUUACCUCCUCCUUCCCUGGGACUGUGAUCUGUAAUCUCUCCACCCCCCCUCCUCCACCAUCCCCCCCUUUUCUUAAAUCCCCACCCCCCAACACACACACACACAGAGGAUCGGGAUAUAAUUGAACACAUUGCAUUUUUUGGGUGGCUUUUUUGCGGUCUCUUUUUUUUUUCCUUUUUGGAGGCGGGGAAGAAGAAGGGGGGGCGCGCGCCCGGAGCUUCUCCUGCAAUUGCAGACCCGUCUUUUUUUUUUUUUGUUCCUACAUGCCUUACCUAAAUAUAUAUUUGUAUUAAAAGCCAAGGAGGAAACUGCAUUUCCACAUCUCUCUCUAUGUUUUUUUUCCUCUCGCUCUUCUGCCUCCAUUGCAAAAGGAGGGGGUGAGAACGAGCUUUAACGGAGAGCCAUCAAUUUGCAAGUACCAUCUUCCUGUGACGGGAGGCUCCUAACAGGACACCUUCCACCCAUCAAUGCACUGCCAAUGGGUUAUAUCCUUCGUUGUGACCUCAUGGUUUAAGCGGGCAUAAAGAUGAGUAUAAGCAGUGAUGAGGUUAACUUCCUCGUAUAUAGAUACUUGCAAGAGUCCGGGUUCUCUCAUUCAGCAUUUACCUUUGGUAUCGAGAGCCAUAUCAGCCAGUCUAACAUCAACGGUGCCCUGGUACCCCCUGCUGCUUUGAUUUCCAUCAUCCAGAAAGGCUUGCAGUAUGUAGAGGCGGAAGUCAGUAUUAAUGAGGAUGGUACUUUGUUCGAUGGUAGGCCGAUAGAGUCUCUCUCGCUGAUAGACGCCGUGAUGCCCGAUGUGGUGCAGACGAGACAGCAGGCCUACAGGGACAAACUCGCCCAGCAACAGGCGGCGGCGGCUGCGGCGGCGGCGGCUUCGACAAACCAGCAGGGGUCUGCAAAGAAUGGCGAAAACACUGCAAACGGCGAGGAAAACGGAGCCCACACUAUAGCAAAUAAUCACACGGAUAUGAUGGAAGUAGAUGGCGACGUCGAAAUCCCUUCUAACAAAGCAGUGGUGCUGCGUGGCCACGAAUCAGAAGUAUUCAUCUGUGCGUGGAACCCUGUUUGCGACCUCCUGGCCUCUGGAUCGGGAGAUUCAACGGCAAGAAUAUGGAACCUUAGUGAAAACAGUACCAGUGGAUCCACACAGCUGGUCCUUCGGCACUGUAUACGAGAAGGGGGCCAAGAUGUACCGAGCAACAAAGACGUGACUUCCCUAGAUUGGAAUAGCGAAGGUACGCUUCUAGCAACAGGGUCAUACGAUGGAUUUGCAAGGAUAUGGACUAAAGAUGGUAAUCUCGCCAGCACGUUAGGGCAACAUAAAGGUCCCAUAUUCGCAUUAAAAUGGAACAAAAAGGGCAACUUCAUAUUGAGCGCAGGUGUGGACAAGACCACAAUUAUUUGGGAUGCACAUACUGGAGAAGCCAAACAGCAGUUUCCUUUCCAUUCUGCACCAGCAUUAGAUGUUGACUGGCAGAGCAACAACACAUUCGCCUCCUGUAGCACAGAUAUGUGUAUUCACGUCUGUAAACUAGGCCAAGAUAAGCCCAUCAAAACCUUCCAAGGCCACACCAAUGAAGUUAACGCAAUCAAAUGGGAUCCCACUGGCAAUCUUCUGGCAUCUUGUUCCGAUGACAUGACUUUAAAGAUCUGGAGUAUGAAACAAGAUAGUUGUGUCCACGAUCUACAAGCACACAACAAAGAAAUUUAUACUAUCAAAUGGAGUCCCACGGGGCCAGGAACAAACAACCCAAAUGCCAAUCUUAUGUUAGCAAGUGCAUCUUUCGAUUCUACAGUUCGGUUAUGGGAUGUAGACAGAGGGAUCUGCAUCCACACCUUGACGAAACACCAAGAACCUGUGUACAGUGUAGCUUUCAGUCCUGACGGCAGGUACCUGGCCAGUGGCUCUUUCGACAAAUGUGUACACAUCUGGAAUACACAGACGGGUGCUCUAGUGCAUAGUUAUCGGGGAACAGGAGGCAUUUUUGAGGUUUGCUGGAAUGCAGGAGGAGACAAAGUUGGAGCGAGUGCUUCAGAUGGUUCAGUUUGUGUACUAGACCUACGGAAAUAGCGCUAUUAGUUGGAAGCCAUGGACCGACUAUGAAUGUGUACAUAGCCAAAAUGACUGUCCCCUUGACCCAUGUACUGCUAUAGUCCCAAUUGAACCAUGGCCAGUUCCACUACAGCCAAACCCAAGAAAGAAUUAUAUACAUAUACUGUGUAUUAAAAAAAAAAAAGCGAAAACAGACAAGACACACGACAAACGAUUAACACCCUGAAGAA